AUGUUCUCUAAACUCACUGCAAAGAUAGCUCUCCGCAAAGCUGGCAUCCCCUCCAACGCCCUUUCCUUCCCCGAGUCGAAACCAGCCUCAAAAGAUCCAGAUGCGCCAGCUCCGUUCGCAAACCCAUUCGCGAACCUUUCUGUCCCCAAAUCGUGGCAGUCUUGGGCAACUCCUCCACCGCCGCCAAUUGAGCUCCGUGCCGCGCCGGUGAUUGGAUCAAAUGCACCUUCAUCUGCCAAACUCCGAUUGCCAGUUGCAGAUGGCAGACCUGCGGUUGUGGUAUUCUUGAGGCAUUGUGGAUGUCCUUUUGCAGAAAAAACCUUCCUCGAAGCUCGUCGCCUUGCAAACAAAUAUCCGCGACUGAAUUUCAUCGCAGUCUCGCACAGCUCUCGGAAAGCAACCGAUAAAUGGAUCUCAUCCAUCGGAGGAGCGUGGGCGGUCACCGUUGUGGUUGAUGAGGAGAGGGAGGUGUAUGCGAGCUGGGGCCUCGGCGUUAGCACGACGUACCAUCUGCUGAAUCCGUGGACCCAGGUGGCGAUGCAUAAAUUGGGGAAGGAGGAGGGGAUAUGGGCGAGGGAGGUUGACCCUAGUGGGAAUAGGUGGCAGGUUGGAGGAGGAUGGGCUAUGGAUGAGGUUGGGAUUGUGAGAUGGGGUGCUGCUUCCAAGACGGCGGAUGAUAUGCCGAAUUUGGUAGAGGCUUGUGAGACUUUAGGUGCGUUUUGA